AUGACUUUAAUACAAAAUAAUAGUAAUGAUAGAAGAACUACUAUGAAUACUACAAUUCAUAAACAUUCACAAAGUUUUCAUUCAUCUUCAAAUAGUGAAUCAAAUUUAGAAUCACCAAAAUUAUUAAAUGAUAAUAUUUCAACACCUACUUCAAUUGAAGAUUAUUCAAAUAAUCAAAAUAAUAAUGAGGAGAAACCUCAUUUAUUAAUCCAUACUAAUUCAUAUAUUCAUGAUCCAAUUAAUGAUAGUAUUUUAUUAAAUAAAAAUGUAUCAAGAAGAAAAACAAGAAAAUCUAUUAAACAUUUAUCAUCAUCAUUUGAUUUUAAAAAAGAUCCAAAUAAUAAUAAUAAUAUUCCAUUUCAUGCAUCUAAACAUUCACAAAUUUUACCACUAAGAGGAAAUGAUUUGGAUAUUAAUGAGGAAAAUGUUGUAAAUAUACGACAUUUAUCAAUUAAUUCAUUACCUGUUGGAUCCAUUGAUUCAGAUAAUUUGAAAAAAAAGAAAAAAAAUUUAAGAUUAAAGAAAGAUGAUUCAAUUGAAUAUGAUAAUAAUCUAAUACGACAUAAAAGAUCAAAUUCAAUUCCAAAUAUACUAUUAUCAACUUCAAAGGAAAGGAAUAAUGUUAUUGGUAGUAUUAAACAAUCAGAUAUUUCAAAGAAAGAAAUCAAUAAAAUGAGAAAAAUUUUAAAAAGAGAUACAAAGAUUAAAAGAAAGAGGAGAACUUUUUUAAUUGAUGAUGAUCGUGUCCUUAUUGGUAACAAAGUUAGUGAAGGUCAUGUAAAUUUUAUUAUUGCUUAUAAUAUGUUAACUGGGAUUAGAGUAGCUGUUUCAAGAUGUUCUGGAAUAAUGAAACCUUUAACAAUAUCAGAUUUUCAUUUUAAUAAAAAACUUGCAUUUGAUUAUCAUGGUAAUGAAUUAACUCCAUCAUCACAAUAUGCUUUUAAAUUUAAAGAUUAUAGUCCAGAAGUCUUUAGAGAAUUAAGAUCAAUGUUUGGUUUAGAUCCUGCAGAUUAUUUAGUUUCAUUGACAUCAAAAUAUAUUUUAAGUGAACUAAAUUCACCGGGGAAAAGUGGUUCAUUUUUUUAUUAUUCAAGAGAUUACAAAUAUAUUAUUAAGACAAUUCAUCAUUCUGAACAUAUUCAUCUUAGAAAACAUUUAAAAGAUUAUUAUGAUCAUAUUAAAAAAAAUCCAAAUACUUUAAUUUGUCAAUUUUAUGGUCUUCAUAGAGUUAAAAUGCCAAUUUCAUUUCAAAAUAAAAUUAAACAUAGAAAAAUUUAUUUUAUUGUAAUGAAUAAUUUAUUUCCACCUCAUUUAGAUAUUCAUAGAACUUAUGAUUUAAAAGGUUCUACUUGGGGUAGAAGAACUAAUAUUGAUAAUCAACAAUUACAAGAUUUUGAUAAAUCUUUUAAACCUGUAUUAAAAGAUUUAAAUUGGUUAGAUUUAAAAGAGACAAUAAAAUUUGGCCCUUUAAAGAAAAAAACUUUUUUAAAUCAAUUACAAAAUGAUAUUGCUUUAUUAUCAAAAUUAAAUAUUAUGGAUUAUUCUUUAUUGAUUGGUAUUCAUGAUUUGAAUCAAGAUGAAUUAGUAUCUGAUACUGAAGAAGAGGAAGAGGAAGAGGGAGAGGAAGAAGAAGUAAAGAUUUUGGAUACAGUUAUUCAGACUGGAAAUGUUAUAGAAUCAGAUCCUAAUAACAUUAGGAAUAUAUCACCCUUGGAUGGUUCUGCCACUACAGAUGGAGUCGAUUUAAAUAAGAUCAUAAAAAGAUCUAAUAUAAGACAGUCUGUUAAGAAAAGACCGAUACGGGGUUAUGAAGUAAGUACGGUUGUUUCACAUUAUUUUAAAGACUAUGAAGGUGGGAUUAGAUCCUCGGAUACUUUUAAUCAGGAUGGUCAAUAUAUUUAUUAUAUUGGAUUGAUUGAUUGUUUAACAAACUAUUCAAUUAUUAAAAAAUUAGAAACAUUUUGGAGAAGUUUAAACCAUGAUAGAAAAUUAGUUAGUGCAAUUCCACCAAAGGAUUAUGGUAACAGAUUAUAUGAAUUUGUAGAAAAUUCUUUAGAGACAAAGACAUCAUUUGAACCAUAUUUAGAUAAUCCAAACAGAAAAAAUUAUAAAGAUGCUUCAUAA